AUGGCAGGGCUAGCCACCCACUCCGUGGCUUCAUGGUGCACGCCGGACCCGGUUCCGUCCCCCCUCCCCCCUUGUUCCAUCCCUGCCCUACACGGCAUGGCAGGCAUGGCAUCCAAGAAGAGGUGGUGGUGCGCGUGGCUCCUUUGGUGUUAUGAUGAGCCAUACUUUCUACCGGACUCGACAUGCGCGGCCCCGAGCCCGGCUCUCGGGUUCGGUCAAGACUCCGGCAUCCAGGUCUCGCCCGAUGCCUGGUCGGACGUCCGCGUCUCGGCCUUUUCAGUUUUGAUCGGGCAGAGCAAAAAGAAAACUCGCUAG